AUGGCGUCCCCGCCCACCCCGGUCGGCGCGCGGAGGCGUCUGGGAGCGCGGGGUGGGUGUGGCCUCGCGCGGCGCGGGGGCGGGGCGGGAGCAGCGGAGCCGCGCAGGCGCAGACCGCGCUCUCGCUGGACAUAUCGCGGUCAGAGCCCCACAGCGGCCCCGCGGCCGCCGGUCCAUCAGCCCCCAGACCCCACCGCCCAUCCCCUGGUCACUGUGGGCGGUGGAGGGAUGGCUGCCCAGCUGGCAGCUGACAAGGCCCUGGAGUUGGUGACAUUCAAAGAUGUGGCCGUGAACUUCACACAGGGGUGGCAGCAGCUGGAGCCGGCUCAGAGGGACCUGUACAAGGACGUGAUGCUUGAGAACGUCCAGAACUUGAGCUCCUGGAAAUGGAGUCUAGACCGGAGAGGAACGGCCCAGUGGACGCUGUCCCUGCAGGAGUAUCCCCUGAGCUGGACCCGGAAGAGCUGGGAGGGGGCUGCCGCUGGGGCUGUGCAUCAGGAGAGGCCGGGACAGCUUCAGGAAGGGCCCCUUCAGAGCAUCAGCCAGAAGACCCCCAGCCAGGAAUUCCAGGAGGGAGGGGACCCCACAAGUGCGGCCCGCGGAAUCCCGACUGGGAGAGCCCCUGCCGUCACUGAGAAGCCCUGUGUGUGCCAGGAGUGCGGGGAGGCCUUUGCGCACUGCACCGAGCUGGCGCAGCACCAGCGCGCGCACGCCCCGGACAAAGCCUUCGCGUGCGGCGAGUGUGGGAGACGCUCCCGCAGGAAAGCCACGCUCACGGUGCACCGGCGCGUCCACACCGGCGAGAAGCCGUUCACGUGCGCCGAGGGCGGCAAGGCCUUCUGCCAGCGUGCCAACCUCACGGUGCACCGGCGCAUCCACAUGGGCGAGCGGUCCUACCGGUGUGCCGAGUGCGGCCGCGCCUUCGUGCACAACACGCAGCUGCUCGGGCACCGGCGCACGCACACCGGCGAGCGGCCCUACAAGUGUGGCGAGUGCGGCAAGGCCUUCGCCCUCAUCACCAACCUGGUGGACCACCAGCGCAUCCACACCGGGGAGAAGCCCUUCGUGUGUGACCUGUGCGGUAAGCGCUUCACCAAGCGCUCCUCCCUCCUCGGGCACCAGUGGGCCCCCAGAGGCGAGAGGCCCCACCCGUGCAGGGUGUGCGGGAAGGGCUUCCGCAAGAAAUCCGAGCUGGUCAACCACCACCGCACGCACACGGGCGAGCGGCCGUUCAAGUGCUACGAGUGCGGCAAGGCCUUCGCGCAGAGCAUGACCUUGGGCGGCAAGUGCUUCACCAAGUCCUCCGCGCUGAUCCUGCACGAGAGGCUCCACAACGGCGAGCGGCCCCUCCGCUGCGCCGAGUGCGGCAAGGCCUUCAGCCAGAAGGCGCAGCUCGUGGUGUACCGGCGCAGCCACACGGGCGAGAAGCCUUUCCAUUGCGGCGCCUGCGGGAGAUCCUACAGCCAGAAGGGCUACCUCACCGUGCACCGGGGGACCCACACCGGAGAGAGACCCUUUGAGUGCACGGAAUGCAGCAAGACCUUCAGCCAGAAGGCGCACCUCUCCAUUCACCUGCAGGUCCACACGGUUGAGAAGCCCUACCGCUGCGGCGAACGCGGGAGAAGCUUCCGGAAGGUGUCCUUCCUGCUCCAGCAUCAGGCCAUCCACAGCGACGAGAGGCCCUUCCAGUGCGGCGUGUGCAGCAAGGCCUUCGUGCGGAAGUCCACCUUGGUCCAGCACGGCAGAAUCCACACAGGGGAGAAGCCCUACCAGUGCGGGCAGUAUGGGAAAGACUUCCCGCACCAGCCCACGCUGACGGCGCACCGGAGGAGCCUCACCGGGGAGUGGCCCUAUGAGUGCAAGGUGUGCGGCAAGGCCUUCAGGCGCAUCGGGAACCUCACCUGCCACCAGAAGACCCACGCUGCCGCGGGGGUGCCCGCCAGGGAGCCCAGCCUUCUGCCUACCCUCCCAGAUAACCUGUCACAGGUCAGGCCUGAGAUGGCGGCCAAGUUUCAGCCUCCCGUCAUCACUUUAGAAUUAACUUAG